CGACUCCCUUUCAAACAAACCAGCGCGCGCCUCUGUAGACAAGACCCGCGGCGCUUUCACGCUCUCACCGGUUAUUUAUGACGUCUCUUUAAUUGAACGUCGCUGACAAAGCAGAAGUUUCAGUAAAUCCAGUGGCCUCGUUGAGGGACGGCAUGCAGGCUCACUAUCCCAGCAGCCCGCCACUGAAUACGGUGAUCCUUCAAGGGAACUGGAACUUUUCACAGACUUGCCCAAGACUGUCCUACACCAUCUGACUUCAUUUGGUGUGGAAUCCCUUGAACCAAGCCCCUUCAGCGUGUGUGUAACCAAGAGAGAUAUAGAGGAAGUGUGUGUUGCCAUGGCUUUCACACUUUCGGAAAUCAUGGCAGCCCGGCGACAUCAGCAACAGUCUCAAAGAUCAGGAAGAGGAGUCGUAGAAGUGGACGAAUACAGCGCCAACCCGACUCAAGCAUUCACAUUCUAUAACAUCAACCAGGGUCGCUUCCAGCCCCCCCACGUCCACAUGGUAGAUCCGUUACUCCACGAUGCCCCCAAGCCCCCAGGCUAUACGCGCUUCGUCUGUAUCUCAGAUACACACUCGCGCACUGACACCAUUCAGAUGCCAUACGGUGACGUCUUACUGCAUGCUGGAGACUUCACAGAGCUCGGCCUGCCCAGCGAAGUCAAGAAGUUUAACGACUGGCUCGGCACUCUGCCCUACGAGAUCAAAAUCGUUAUAGCCGGGAACCAUGAGCUGACCUUUGAUCAAGAGUUCAUGGCGGACCUGAUAAAGCAGGAUUUCUACUACUUUCCCUCAGCCUCCAAACUCAAGCCGGAGAGCUACGAGAAUGUGCAGUCCCUGCUCACCAACUGCAUCUACCUGCAGGACUCUGAUGUUACUAUCAGGGGUUUCCGUAUCUACGGCUCACCGUGGCAGCCGUGGUACUACGGCUGGGGUUUUAAUCUCCCACGAGGACAAGCUCUGCUGGACAAGUGGAACCAGAUCCCAGACUCCACGGAUAUCCUUCUCACACACUGCCCUCCUCUGGGUUUUUUGGAUUGGGUACCCAGGAAGAUGCAGCGUGUCGGCUGCAUGGAGCUUCUGAACACAGUCCAGAGGAGAGUUCAGCCCAAACUACAUGUGUUUGGACACAUUCAUGAAGGUUAUGGUAUGAUGACCGAUGGAACCACCACGUUCGUUAACGCAUCAGCAUGCACGGUGAACUUCCAGCCAAUGAACCCGCCCAUCGUUUUCGACUUACCCAAUCCCAGGAGUUCAUGAUUGAACUGAGACCUGCCCACUUCCCCGUUCUUUCAAUCAGGGUCCCUCUUUGAGCGUGUAUGUCACUGUGUAGUGUAUAUAAAGCUUGCGAGAAUGAUGCUACUUUGGAUAUUCCCAAGGAAAUUUUCAUCCAUUUUGUGCCGUCUGCGUGCUCAAACAUGAAUAGCGGCAAUUUGCCUCUUUGAAAUUUGAACUGUUUUCUGACUUUUUGCGUUGCACUUGAAUCGGCAUGACAAUCGCGUAUUCAUAAGGUCAUGGAAGCCUCCGUGCUCAAGGUGGGAAGUCAAGCUUUCUUCUUAUUGGCUGGCACUUAUUAAAGGAACUUUGUAAGCUUGAAGCCUCAAUGGACCACUAACCACAAAAAAAAAAAAAAAAAAAAACUCAUGUUACAUUUCUGUGCUCUGGAUCCACUCUUGAAAGUUCCAGGAUGUGCCCUGAGAGAAACAGCGCUAUGGUGCAAACAAGUUUGUUCAGGGUACCAUUUCUCUCUCUCUCUUUCUCUCUCUCUCUGAGUCUGAGUCUCUCAUCCUACUUUUUCCUCUCUGUUAUACAGUAUAUGCACUGUUGUUAUAUGUUGCUCUUUUCAACUUCGGGCCAUGUUGGAUUAUAUUGGGAGGAAUAAACUUGCCCUAAACAGGAAUGUAAUGUUUAUAAAAUAGCUGGCAAAAAAAAAAAAAAAAAAAACAUUUCCUUCCACUUUUUCAUACUUUCUUUAUUGUUCAAUUUACUGUAAACGUGCAAAACUGUGAAUGUGUUUUAAAGCAAACAGUCCUUUACUGAUGCCGUGUGAAUUUUAACAGUAGUUUGAAGUGUUUGUUUAAGGUCAAAUAUUUUAAAGUUCUUCUAAAGCCCUCCGGUUAUCGUCCCUCUGAAUAAUAUCAAAGACACGGCACGUGCGCAAAGUGUGCUUUUGCAUAACAAGAAUAUGUUGCACUUUGAUCCAUAUGCUCCCCACUAUAAUUUAUUAACAUUCCUCCUGGCGAUAAUUUAUUCCCAUGUGUUUUACAGCUCUUCAGCAUUAACUGUGUGUGGCAUUAGGCCUAAUAUGAUGGUUCUGUUAGAUGCAGAGGGUUUUCAUCUACUCCAUAUAAAUGGAUAAAUAAAAAACAAAUAAAUCGAACAAAUUA